UUCACGACGAACAACGCACAACUUGCAUUCAUAUAACGCAUCCGUAUUUGCAACUACCCACUCACCAACGAUAAUCAUGUCUUCCGCUGUCCCUUCCCGUAACUACAACGCCGUUGAGGAGACCGGCAACCAGGGCAUCGUUGACGGACGCCAAGCUGGCUCCAACCCCGAGCCCGCCCCUACCCGCCUCGACACCUACGUCGACCGCGACGCCACGCGCUCCAGCACCACCCACGCCUCGGAUACCCUAAAUGGGUCCACCUCCCAGGACGUCCACCGCGGCAUCGGACAGCCGCUCGGUGGGCAGACGUCGCACGAGGAGCACACCAACGGCAUGCACGGCCGCAAGCGCGACGCGCAGGGCGUGUCGCAGUUUGGCCCGCCGGGCGACCGGGAGCAGGUCCUUGGCAGGGAAGAGAGGGAUAGCCAGAAGUUUGGGGACCGGGUGGCAUAGAGGGGAUUGAAUGAAAGAUGGAGGAAAGAAGAAGGCAGACGUAAAACAAUGCAUCGGACUGUAUCAAUAGCAAUGGCAUAGUAUCUUAAUGCACUCUGUCGCAGCAUCCUUCCAAUAUGAUGCGUGCUUUCACCCA